CCGGAAGUGUGUUGUGUUUACCUUAUCACGCGCGGUCGGUGUCGCUAGCUACUGGUGCUCCGAGCUAAAACGCUAAGGGCUAACAUAGUUACAAAAUGUCUGGCGGAACUCUUCUGGAAAACGCCAACCCAGUUAUAUUCCAGCGGUCCGGCGAGAGACUACAGGCGGCCACCGACGAGGAUGAAGACGUCUGUGAUCCCAUCGACGACAGAGAAAUAUUCGAUUUGAUCAGAUCUAUCAAUGACCCCGAACAUCCGCUCUCCUUGGAGGAACUCAACGUGGUGGAGCAAGUCAGAGUCAAAGUAAACGAUGUAGGCAGCACCGUGGGCAUCGAGUUCACCCCCACCAUCCCUCACUGUAGCAUGGCAACGCUCAUCGGCCUGUCAAUCAAAGUCAAGCUCCUGCGCUCGCUCCCGGACCGCUUCAAAAUUGACGUGCACAUCACGCCGGGGACGCACGCUUCAGAAGAAGCAGUGAACAAGCAGCUGGCCGACAAAGAGCGAGUGGCGGCGGCUCUGGAGAACUCGUCCCUGCUGGAGGUGGUCAACCAGUGUUUGUCCUCCAGGAGCGUCUGAACAACACUUCCUGGCGUGGGGAAAGAACGCGUCCACCUGAGGAGGUGCAUUGCAGUUCCACAUCUGCAGGAUGUCGGCGGUGUGGGACAAAAAGCGCAGCUCACUGCUUGCUUGGCUUCCAGGUUGAAACACACUGAGACACUUCAUUAGGUACACCUGCACCACCCAGUCACGUUAAAUACAAAGCUCAUGUAUCGGAUCUCAUAGUAUUUACAUUAUUUACUUACAUUUACUACUUAAUGGUGAGACUAUUAAUAUAUUUUUACCUAUUGCAAUAAUUUGAACUAUCAAAACAAAACAUUAAACAUCUAUUUAAUAGACUAGAAUGCUUUUGCUGCAGACAUGCAAUAGUAAACAGAAUAAUAGAAAAAUAAAGAUUGAUGAGUGGAUAUUGGACAAUGAGAGUUAUGAUAAACAUGAAGUACACACCAAAAUACAGUAGGUUUUUGUCUCAAACAAUGAAGGGAGUGCUUUCACACCCUUUUAUGCUUUAUGAAUAUUUGUUUAUAAUAUUGCAUUACAAUUAUGUGUGCACCAGCCAGCAUGUUACAUAUAGUAGUCCAGUGCACAGGGACUUAGAACUUACACGCAAUCAAAUUACAUUGCCUUCAAAGAAGUCAUGCUUAUGUUUUCAAGGGCCAAAGUAAAUAAAAUGUUCCAAAAAAAAAAA